AUGUGGAUAAUCUGUUUGAGCAUUGCUUCAGUGAUAUCAUUAUCGUCAACCGAAGAAUACGUAUUGGGUUAUUUGACGGGAUCCCAGAGAAAACCGGGAGAUUUGGAAUAUUCAAGGCCUGGUUUAAGAAUAUCCGGUGCCAUUUCUUAUGCCGUUGAUAAAAUAAAUGAAGAAUUUAUAGAAAAAGGAUCGAAUCGUAGAUUAUCAUUCAUCGUUGCGGAAACUUACGGUGAUGAAGAAAUAAGCAUCGAUCAAACGGCUAAAUUGUGGAGAGCAAACGUAUCCGCUUAUAUAGGACCACAGGAAACGUGCGUGCACGAGGGUAGAAUGGCCGCUUCGUUUAAUCUACCAAUGAUAUCAUACUUUUGCGCCGAUCAAGAAACAUCGAAUAAAAAAUAUUUCAGAACUUUUGCUCGUACGAGACCCCCGGAUACUCAAAUUUCAAAAUCGUUGGCUGCACUUUUGCUAGCGUACAAUUGGAGAAAAGUUAUUUUCUUAUAUUUGGAUUCGGAAAAUGACAUGUUUCGAAAAGUUGCCGUUACGAUAAUAAAAACUCUAAAGACUGCUAAAAUAACUAUAUUGCAAACGAAAUCUUGGUAUUUUCCAUAUCAGUUUCCAUAUUCGGAAAAUCCUUUUCAUCGUUUGGUCGAGGAUACUCAUCAGGAUGCAAGAAUUUACGUCAUACUCGGAAGUCACGAUGAACAUUUAGGACUUUUAAAAGCCAUGGAAGAAAGAAAAUUAUUAACGGGUGGUAAAUAUUUCGUCGUCGGCGUGGAAUUAGAACAAUACGACGAUAAAGAUCCUGGAAGGUACAUGAGAGGAUUAUUAAGAGACGAUAUAGAUCCAGUCGUCGUGAAAGCAUUUGCUAGUUAUUUCGGUAUCGUACCGACAUCACCGAUAAACAUGCACGACAUAAGCGUUAAAGUUAACGAAUACAUGGAAAAACCGCCAUUUAAUUUUUCAAAUCCCUUUUUUCAAUUGGGUAUAACGAAAGUGGUGAGUACAGAAGCGGGUUAUUUAUACGAUGCCGUUCAUUUAUACGCGAAAGCUCUUAAUCACGUGAUUGAAAAAGGUGAGGAUCCAUUAAAUGGGACGGCUAUAAUUGAAGCUAUAAAAGGAACUCAUUAUCAAAGUGCGAUGGGGUACAUGGUGUACAUAGAUGAAAAUGGUGAUGCCGAAGGGAAUUAUACGUUAUUAGCAAGAAAACCACAUCAUGAAUUACCACAAUCUUACGGUUUAUAUCCCGUAGGUUUGUUUACAAGGGAGAAAAACAAUUCGAAAUUACCCACAUUAGUAGAAACAAGUACAAUACACUGGAUCGGAAAAUAUCCUCCAGUUGCAGAACCCGUUUGCGGUUUCAGAGGGAAAAAAUGCGUCACGCGCACGAGUCAAAUAAUGGGAGCCGUUUCCGGUUCAAUUUUUUUAGUUCUCGUAAUUGCGGGUUUGAUAUUCUAUAGAAAUUGGAAAUACGAGCAAGAAUUAGAUAGUUUAUUGUGGAAAGUGGAUUUUAAAGAUAUACAAAUAAAUGAAGAUGAUGUUACCAACGUAUUAGGUGCAAAAAUAACCAGGGCAACUCAUCCUUUAGUUCGUACUAGUCAAGUUUCAUUAAGUUCAAAUCCUGAUGCCGAUUUCCGGUAUUCAGCUAUUUUUACAACAAUAUGCAGGUACAGGGGAAGAUUACUCGCUCUUAAAAGAGUUAAAAAAAAAUCAAUCGACAUGACGAGGAGCAUGAAAAAAGAAUUAAAAAUGAUGAGAGAUUUAAGGCACGAAAACCUUAAUCCUUUCAUUGGAGCGUGUACGGAUGCACCUAACAUAUGCAUAAUAACAGAAUAUUGUUCGAGAGGUUCUUUAAGGGAUAUAUUAGAAAACGAAGAUGUUAAGUUGGACAACAUGUUUGUCGCUUCCCUAGUCGGUGAUAUUAUUCGCGGAAUGAUUUACCUGCAUGAUUCUCCAGUUAAAUAUCAUGGAAAAUUAAAAACUUCAAAUUGUCUGGUAGAUUCUCGAUGGGUUGUGAAAUUAUCCGAUUUCGGUUUAAGAGAAUUUAAAAAAGAUUCUGAAGAAGAAGAAGAAGAUGGAAAUUCUACGCCCAAGUUAGAAGCCUGCUUGUACAAAAGUCCUGAAAUAUUACGACUGGAAAAUUUAAAUGGCGAAGAAGAAUUGGGUUCGCAAAAAGGUGACGUUUAUUCUUUUAGCAUAAUUUUGCACGAACUUCACAGUCGUCAGGGACCUUUUGGAAAUUGUGGUUUGACACAUGCACAAAUUUUACAAAAAGUUAUUAAUCGUGAUCCAUUACAACCUCCCUUCCGGCCUCCGUUGGAAGCACUUGAAAAUAGUUUCGAUUUUGUACGAGAUUGUUUAAAAGAAUGUUGGGCAGAAGAUCCUGAAAUGCGACCUGAUUUCAAAGCCAUAAGAACAAAAUUAAGACCAAUGAGGAAAGGCAUGAAACCAAAUAUUUUUGAUAAUAUGAUGGCGAUGAUGGAAAAAUAUGCAAAUAAUCUCGAAGCACUCGUUGAUGACAGAACGGAUCAAUUGAUGGAAGAGAAAAAAAAAACUGAAGCUUUACUUUAUGAAAUGUUACCGAGAACCGUUGCCGAACAACUCAAAAGAGGAAAUAAAGUCGAAGCGGAAAAUUUUGAUUCCGUCACCAUUUAUUUUAGCGACAUAGUCGGUUUCACGGCAAUGUCUGCCGAAAGUACGCCAUUACAGGUUGUAGAUUUUCUUAACGAUUUAUACACGUGUUUUGAUUCGACGAUUGAAAAUUACGAUGUUUAUAAGGUGGAAACCAUAGGUGAUGCUUACAUGGUCGUAUCUGGACUUCCGAUACGAAACGGUGAUCAACACGCUGGAGAAAUAGCAACAAUGUCUUUACACUUACUGGAAGCAGUAGAAAAAUUUCAAAUAAAACACAGGCCGAACGAGGGUGUUAAAUUAAGAAUAGGAAUACAUUCGGGACCUGUUUGUGCAGGGGUUGUAGGUCUUAAAAUGCCAAGAUAUUGUUUGUUCGGUGAUACGGUCAACACCGCCAGUCGUAUGGAAUCAACUGGAAAUCAAGGACGAAUACAUUGCAGUUUAGAAACAAAAUUAUUACUGGAAAAAUUAGGAGGUUAUAACCUUACGGAAAGAGGAGUCGUGCCGAUGAAAGGAAAAGGAAAUCAAUUCACGUAUUGGUUAAAAGGUGAAAAUGCCGAAGCGAGAGCUAAAAGAUCGGAAGAAAGAUCAGCCAGACGUGCUAUACUCGCAGGUUCCAAAAACAAAAACAAAACAAUACAACAAACAAAUCCGAACAUUCCGAGAAGCAGUUUAAAAAGUAAACAUAAACAAAACGACGUAACGAAAAACAAUCCGAUAUCUCGAUGUUCGAGUUUAGAUUAUCCAAAAAAAUUAAGAUUUGCAAGAUUCGACGGUGAAGAAUCAUCUCUCGAAAACAAAUCCGAAGAACGAGUUCAUCAUGUCCGUGCAUAG